ACUCAAGUACGUUUUUUAACUGAAUGAUCACAAGAUUGGUAGACAUAUAAUACGGUAUAUAAAAAGGAUCAAUUGUUGAACGAAGACUAGAACAAAUCGCUCCAAGUGGGACUUACAAUCUCCAAUACCACACUGAUUAAUUCAAGUUCGUGUAUUUCUUAAUAAAACGUCGAAAAUGUUGAUGAAACUAUUAGCUGCAGUUGUAGUUGUUUGCAUUCUUAUUGAGGCAAAUAAUGGUGCCCCCGUUGAAGAAAUAGAAGAAGGUGUACAUACAGCGCAGGUUAUUCGAACCAAAAGAGCCACAUGUGAUCUACUGAGUGUUCAAGCAUUUGGAGCUUCUGUAGGACAUUCUGCGUGCGCUGCUCACUGUUUAGCCAUGAGAGGUGGAAGAAAAGGUGGUUACUGUAGCAGUAAAGGAGUCUGCAUUUGUAGAUUUUAACUCUCCUCAAUCUCAAACACUGAUAUAACAAUUUAACUGUUGCUUUCAUGUUACACGAACAAAUUGUGUUUAAUAUAUCUUAAAAUAUAAAAAGUAUAUUUCA